CAUAUUAACCAAGCUGCCAUCAUGAGGACUGCACUGCUGUGUUUUUUCGCUAUUAUUGCUACUGUUUACUCAGCUCCGACCCUCGAUAAGCUACUCCCCCUUUUACCGGAUUGCACUCCGCCUCCAAAAUGUGAUGAUAAAACUACACCUACCACACCCAAACCAAUAACAACGAAGAAACCUGACGAUGACUGCAACACAACAGUUCCAGCGACGACAAAACCGACUACAUCAGAUGAUGACUGCGACACAACAGUUCCUGUGACAAAACCCACAACCGUAACACAGACUACAGGCGAUGAUUGCACCACUACACCAAAACCUACUACUCCAAAAGGUGAUGAUGACUGUGAUGAUCCGCCGAAGCCUCAUGGUUACAAACCAUCGAAGCCAAAAUCUGUAGAAAGUGUAGCUGGUGCCGUCGCAGGCGCAAAUGGUGACACUAGCUUUGCCAAGUCAUUUGGUUUCGCUAAAGACACGUUUUAAAUUGUGUAUUUUUAAUGUUCACAAUAAAUAUUUGCAUUGAUAA